UCUGUCCGGAGAUCCACAACAUGAAACAUAUGUGUGGUGAUGCUGUAAUAGCUAUCUCGUAUAAUGCUCGCCGUGUACAUAACUAUUAUUAUCGGUUAGGCCUUUCUUAUUUAUUUCUAGGAUCCAAAGCUGACGAUGGCUUGUCGGUCUCUGUCUGAUGAUCUGUGACAUGAUGGCAGAUGCAAGCGUGGAAGAAUGUGAUGCUUUAAAGGCUAUUCAUAGCCCCUCUAUAUAAACAAAGAGGGAGAGGUUCAGCUUCAAAGUCCUCUCUAGAGCCAUUUGCAAAUCAAAAAGUUUGCCGAGACAAAGAAACUUCUCCGUCUAAACAAUGGCUGCUAGCCAUAUUCGCUCGAACAGUUUGCCCUCGAGGACUCACCCUCUAAGCAACAUUGUCGAGGAGAAGUUGCAGAGGUUGAGAUCCUCUGAAGGCACAUCCACGUCCUUGUCAGUGUGCCGAAAGUUGGGAGGGCUCAAGAAUCUUUAUGACAGCGUGGAUGAUUGGCUUCAGUUGUCCCUCACACAACAGAUUCUGUCCAGGCAGAACAACAGGCAAUGUGUAGAACAUUUGUUGGAGGGAUCAGUCCAGACGUUGGAUGUUUGUGCGACCCUCCGAGAAGUCCUGUCACAAAUGAAGGAGAGCCUCCGAGAAUUGGAAUCAUCUCUACGGAGGAGGACUGCCUUGGCAAAUAAACUCGACCCAUACAUUACAUCGAGAAAGAAGAUGAAGAAAAUCAUCUGCAGGAUGAUGGAGAAUCUGAAAAAGAUGGAGAAGAAGCAAAACAUCGUAAAGAAGGACAACCAAGUGGAGCAAGAAGCUGCUCGUAGCAUUCUAAAGGAAGUCGAAGAGACCAGUAUCUCAGUGUUCGAGUCCUUCCUCUGCUUCCUUUCCAAGCCAAAGACGAGAUCCAGUGGUUGGUCUUUGGUUUCAAAAGUGGUGUCAUCGAAGCGAAUUUCCUGUGAGGCAGCUGCAGAUGCCAGUGAAGUAGAAGAAUUGGACAUUGAAUUGCUCAUCAUGAAAUCCAAUAAAGACAACAGUAUUCUAAUGCGUGAUGUGCAGAAGCGAGUUGAGGCAUUAGAGUCGAGCAUUCGGGAAAUCGAGGAGGUCUGUGAAUGUGUUUAUAGGAGUUUAGUGAAGACGAGAGUUUCCCUUCUAAACAUCCUUGACCACUAGAGUCUUGUUCCAUCAACAGUUUCGUAGCUUGUACAGCAAAACAUUGUAAUAUUCAGAAGCGAGAGUAAUUGAUCUUUGCUAGCAAA